CAUGGAAUUUUUCUGCCUCUGAACAAAAGUGUAAAAGCAACACGGCCGCUUUGCAUCGCUGAUGUAACGCCACACGUGAAAGACUGUUGUCCUGACCUCUUCAGCACAGCCUGACGAGAGUAAAACACCUUCAGUACUCUCCAUUUGUCUGACGGUGUGCGUUCGGCUGUUAACCUCUGGACUGUUCAAUAAUAGAGCUGAAGACCCAGAACCACAUAUAACACCCCGAGUACCUGGACAGCUUGAAUCAUCUUGGCCACCUCCACUUUUGUUUUUCCCUUCACUGGUUUCCCGUUCACACCUGUGAUUUCAUCGCCUGCUGCCAGAGUCCCAUCCAGAGCUGCCGGGGUGUUAUCAAAGACCUGAGAUUAAAGAGCAGCCACGUUAAAAGAAAGUGUGACUGCAGCUGCGUUUGAAGACCAUCAUCCUGCAUCUUCCAGGACUGUUCAGCAGCAUCCAGUAUGAGCAUGGAACUUGAACUGAAGAACGUGCAUCUGAGAUCAGGAGAUAAACUGAAGGUGAAGGGGGAGAUUCUUCAUGAUGCAGAGAGAUUCCAGAUAGACCUCGGCUGUGACUCAGACGACCUGGCAUUGCACUUUAACCCCCGUUUCCAUGACGACACUGAUGGAACUGUCCUAGUGUGCAACUCAAAGAUUGCUGGUUGUUGGGGAGAUGAAAAACGAGAAAUAGACAACCCUCUGCAGAGGGGCAGCGAUGUGAAGAUUGUGCUGAAACUGUCCGGAGACGUGUUUGAGGUGGAGCUUCCUGAUGGACAGGAAGUCCAGUUUCCUAACCGUGUUGGUAUGGACGUCAUCAGCUACAUCCGAGUGGCAGGAGACUUCAAACUGACGAGCUUCAAGAUCUGCUGAGAGACAUCUGCAGCAAAUAGUGUUGAAUAUCCUGGUUGAAGAUAAAACCUGAAACAUGGUCAGUUAUUGAAGGAAAGAUUAAUCAAGAUAAUUGUGUUAUCAAUGGAAUGUAUCUUCUCUUAAAAUGUUUUGUUGUGCAAAAUAAUAUAAAAUGUGCCCAUUUAAAU